AUGAGCACCGUUAUGUUGGUUCUCAAUAUCGUUGCUCUGGUCCUCGUAUUUUGGCAGCCCCCCUGCUCCUAUGACUUGAAACACCCCGUCAACCGCUCCUCGGAUGGAUGUAAACAAACCGGAAAAAGAGCCGAGCGUGUUCUGGAAGCAGAGCACACGAGUCCAUUCGAAGAGUGCGGACAACUAUUUGGACCGGAAGACGUAGAAAUGGAAGAUUAUGUAACCCUCAUUUCAACCUACCCAGUGAAUAACGUAGAAAACGAAGAAGUAUACACAGAACAACCGAACAACGUAAAUGUAAAUGUAAACGUAAACGUAAACGACGCAGAGUUUCUGGAGUUAUUUAACAGAGUCAAUACCCUAUGGAAUGAAACAGUGGAAAAUAUGGUGAACGAAUAUAUCACCUACACGGAUAGUAACCAUAUGGAGAUCAGCUGGAGAGAUGAAAUGUGGAACCAAAGAUGGUACAAAUAUUUAGAAAGCAUACAUUCAGAUUUAAAUAAAUUUAUAAACGAUGAGACUCUUACCUAUGAGACCAGAGAACAUAUAGCUGAAGAUUUACUUUACUGGGCUAACGAUGAUUUCAAGUGGUUCUUAAAUAUAGUGAAGGAAGAAUGGGACCAUGAAACGACUAGCCGAUCUGAGGUUCUGGUCUCGGAAGUGUGA